AUGCGCUUCUCAACUCUCGCCCUUACACUUCUCCCCUUGACCUUCGCCCUCCCCACGAAAGAGUCACACCAGGUGUCCGACCUCAAGCGCCGAGCAACCGACCAAUCAGCCCAAGUCCUCGAACAGAUCACGGCUCUCAAUUCUUCAGUAGCCCAGCUCACGACCGCCGUCAACAACUUCGAUGGCACAUUGCUCGGCCUCCUGCCCCAGUCUCUCGCCGUCAUCACUGCAGAGACGAAGCUAGAUGCCACGAUCUUGAAAACCACCGCCAUCACCAAGCAGAGCUCCAGCUUUACCCAGUCCGAGAGCCAAGCUAUUCUAGGCGCUUUAGCAGGGACGAUUACGCCGAUUCAAGACUCCCUAACCGCGUUGAAGAACAAGUACCCAUUGUUCAAGAAGACACUCGAAGCGCCCAUUGUGCUGCUCGACUUGAAAGUUCUGAAGGCACAUACGGACGACCUCAUCGCGGCGCUUGGAGAGAAGUUCGACGCGGACACCGCGGGCUAUCUCGGUCUAGGGCAGAGUGUAAUCGACCAGGCUUUCGAUGAUGCGAUUGCGGUCUAUCAAGGUUCUUAAGGGCAGAUCGUUAGCGUGAUUGCGACUGGCAGAGUGGCAAACUCACCAGCGCUGCUUGCGGAGAAGUAGAAUUUACAGGACACAAUCCUUUAUG